AUGGACCCGCAGCAGCCCGAGCCAUCUUCAACCCAUCCAUUGCCACCGUCUCUCUCAGACUCGGGUCUUGCGGAUAUGUUUGAUGCCAACACAUUUAUCAACUGGCUAUCUGAGGAUGCAGCAGUUGACUGGAAUUCUAUGAACGAUUUCUACUAUUGCUCGUCUGAUACAGACUCCGGAUGGCUUCACUCCGUCGGCGCGGGUGCAGCUCCAGUACCUCCAGUCCAGCAUGGAGAAGCCUAUGCUGUUCAAGAAGCCGCAUACAUGCCAAGCAACAUGGCGGCACAUGCACUACCAGCAGCAGAAACUGAAUUGUUUCUUCCCCCACGGAACCUAAACAAUGUCUCCAAAUGGAUCGAUGGGGCCUAUCGGCCUCCGGUACCCUGCAGCUAUUGCCGCAGACACCGGCUACAGUGUCUCAUUCUUCGAACUACGGAAGCCAACCCAAACCCAGUCCACUCCUGUUCCAGCUGCGCAGCUCUUUUCAGAGAAUGCAGUCUUGCCAGGGGAGAGAAGCGUCUUGCGUCUCGCUUCGAGACGCUAUCUCCCGUGCUGGGGCAUCUCCACGGGGUCCCAGAGCAAAUGGACAACGAGAACAAUCCACCAAUAUCGUCCGCUAUCAAUAUAGGUAGCGUCGAAGAACGGAAAGAUUCCAAGCGGUUUGUGAGAAAGGGAGCCAGGAUCCUUCGGGAGUGGUUCCAUCACAACCAAGAAUAUCCGUAUCCCACCGAUGAUCAAAAGGCUCAUCUCUCAGCUGAGACCGGUUUCUCGCAAAAGCGGCUCUCAACCUGGCUUGCCAAUGCCCGCCGGCGCCAGAAACAGAAGCUGCAGUCGGCAACCCAGGCAUCGGCUACUCAGGCUCGUGCUGGGUCUCCGAUAGUGACAAGCACUUUGUCUUCAAUGACGCCCAUGGAGCGAUGGCAAGCAUCACCGCCAGAUGACGACCCGGUCCCGGAAUCUGCCAUUCAGGAAGCGAUCGCUUCUACCACAACGGAUUAUUCUUCUGAGGUCGAUCCGUUCUUUUUUGAUGGCACCAACGUGGAUUUGUUUAAUUUUGACGAGUCCUCCUCUCACCUGCCUUCAUCCGCAUCUAGCUUUGGAAGCAGGGCAUCUGAAACCUCCGAGAGUGCUUCCUCGGCAUGGAGCUAUCAUUCUUCGGGAGAUGGGGGCUUACCAUUUCCCCUGCUCCCUCAAAGAACUCCGGCUCGACGAAGGCAAGGACGACAUCGACGUACAGAAGGAGAGAGUAGGUACCAGUGCACGUUUUGCACCCAGUCUUUCCGGAGGAGACACGAAUGGUCAAGGCACGAGAAGAGCAUCCACCUUCCCCUCGACUUCUGGAUCUGCACCCCCGAUAUCAACACCAUUCAGCAGCCUGUCGAGACCCCUGCAUCCGAAUGCCAAUUUUGUGAUAUUGUCUUUCCGAGUGCCGCUCACUGGGAAGAGCACGAGUUCCACGUCUGUGCAGAAAAACCUACGGCAGACCGGUCAUUUAGCCGAAAGGAUCAUCUAUGGCAGCAUCUGCGCAAGUUCCAUGGCUGUACUAAGCUACCCGUCGUUGAUCUCAACGCCUGGCGCAGCUCUGGGGUCAAUUUCUACAGCCGCUGUGGGUUCUGUGGAUGUGUUCUGCCCACUUGGAGUGCUCGUGGCGACCAUUUGGCCCAACAUUUCAAAGAGGGUGCUCGCAUGGGGCAGUGGGAGGGUGAUUGGGGACUGGAUCCCUCGGCAAUGAGUGUGCUGCGCAAUGCUGUCCUGCCGUCGCAGCGGGCCUGGACAACGUCUUUCGCUCAGUAG